GGAUUUCAAAAUGGAGCCCUUGAUGCUGGAGUCAACUGCUAUGUCCUGUGUUAUGUAGCCGUUCACUACUGUUGAACAGCAGGUUAGCCACUGAGAUUUAAAAACUAACACACUCCUGUGACAUUGUACAACAUGGGGGUGUUGUGUUUCGCCAGGGGGGCGUUCACGUCCGCCAGAAAAUACACCGGUCGGUAUUUGUGCGUCACCUUUCUCUCCGGUGCGUCAGCUCCAGCUGGGGUCCGUGUUAGAAGGUACAGCCAGGAGACUGUUCAGAGAAAUGUCUCUGCACAGUUUGUGUGCUAUCACCUACCUCACAGGACCUUACUUAAAAUCCAGGGACAAGACACGAGCCCGUUUCUUCAGGGGAUUAUAACCAAUGACAUGGGGCUGCUGGAGGAGCCUGGACUCACAGCUAUGUACUCACAUAUGCUCAAUGUGCAAGGGAGAACACUAUAUGACAUCAUGUUGUACAGUCUGAAAGAAGCUGAUGCAGGACAGGGCGUUUUCCUUGAAUGUGAAAGCACAAUGAAGGACUCAAUCUUGAGACAUUUGAAGAUGUACAAGCUCCGCAGAAAGGUCAACAUAAACCCCUGUCCAGAGCUCUCUGUAUGGGCGGUGCUUUCCAAGCAAAAGAACGCAGGUCAAGAGGCCAGUAAACCUGAGCUCUCCUCCCCAGACAAAGCUCUGGUGUGGGAGACCGAUCCCCGAAUUCAGGAAAUGGGCUGGAGAUUGGUGUUGGACAGCCAAGUUGAUCCCUUGGAUAUCAUUGCAUCAUGUCAGAAAGGUGACUCGGUGGAUUAUCACAGACAUCGCUAUGCAAUAGGACUUCCUGAGGGAGUGAAGGACCUUCCCCCCGGGGUGGCACUACCACUAGAGUCAAAUCUCGUCUACAUGCAGGGUAUCAGCUUUAGCAAAGGCUGUUACAUUGGCCAGGAGCUCACAGCCAGGACUCAUCACACUGGGGUGAUUCGGAAACGCCUGAUGCCAGUACACUUGUCAGCUCCAGUCCAAGACCUUGAGGAAGGAGCUGCGCUGCAAACGCAGUCGGGCAAGCCAGCUGGGAAGCACCGAGCAGGGGUUGGAGAGCUGGGUCUGAGCCUAAUACGCAUGGCUCAUGCCAAAGAAGCAUUGACACUCAAAUCUUCUCACGACACCACAGUGGUACUUGAGGCCUCUGUGCCAGACUGGUGGCCUAAAGACGUGAAAAACAACUGAAGAGGAUGUUUUAUAGUUUCCAAAAAUGUGACAAACAUCGGAUCUGACAGACUUCUCAUAGACAGAACCCCGAAGUACAGUAUGUUACACUGUCAUUGCUUAACAGUUGUGUGGCACUAAUAUGUGUGAGUAUUUUUAGUUUUGUUUGCAAUAAAAUCUACUUUAAGAGUGACUUUUCCCAAAAAUGUAAAUUAUUUACCACAGAAUUAUGCUAUUUAACAAAUCUAUUGCAGCGCUAUACAACAUGAUAUACCAACAGUCAUGGUAUUGAUGGUUGUUGAAUAAAUAUGAAAAAAUACAAAAACUCAA